CAUUGCCACAUACAAUGUUGAACUAAUUAAGCAAGUCUUUCUAUUUAAACCCCAACAGUUUCAACAUAUUUGUACACCAUACACAUUCCAAACAAACAACUACUUCACCAUGGCUACACACAUUCAUCACUAUCUACUAUGCUCCUUUAUCAUAAUCCUUCACCUUGUUUCUUCUACAUUGGGUGAUCAAAACUCCAACAAUUAUAUCAUUCACAUGAAUUUAUCAACUAUGCCCAAACCUUUCUCAAGCCAACAAAGUUGGUACUUAGCCACCCUUUCCUCACUACUUGACAUUACUUCUAAUAAUCAAGUAACAAUAAAUAACGACCAAUUGAACUACAUUUCUUCUUCAAAAAAACUUACAUAUACCUACACUAAUGUCAUGAAUGGUUUCAGUGCAAGUUUGUCUCCUUUGGAGCUUGAAGCUCUAAAAACAACUGUCGGAUAUAUUUCAUCCAUAAGAGAUUUACCUAUCAAACCAGACACAACCCACUCUCCUCAAUUCAUUGGCCUCAAUCCUGUUUCAGGAACAUGGCCUAGAACACAAUACGGAAAAAAUGUAAUAAUUGGUAUGAUAGACAGUGGAAUUUGGCCAGAAAGUGAAAGCUUUAAAGAUGAUGACAUGCCUAACAUCCCUUCACGAUGGAAAGGCCGAUGUGAAAAUGGUACUCAAUUUGAUCCGUCAUUGUGUAACAAAAAACUCAUAGGAGCUCGAUUCUUCAACAAAGGAUUGCUAGCAAAUAAUCCUAAUAUAAGAAUAACCAUGAACUCCACACGUGACAUAGACGGUCAUGGCACUCACACAUCAACCACUGCUGCGGGAAGUAAAGUUGAGGGUGCAUCCUACUUCGGAUAUGCCUCCGGAUCAGCCAUAGGCAUUGCUCCACAUGCUCAUGUGUCCAUGUAUAAGGUAUUGUGGAAAGAAGGAGCAUAUGUAUCUGAUACAAUAGCUGCAAUUGAUAGUGCAAUAGAAGAUGGUGUAGAUGUUCUUUCAUUAUCAUUGGGUUUUGAUGAGGCACCUUUGUAUGAAGACCCUAUAGCUAUAGCCACAUUUGCAGCUAUGGAGAAAAACAUUUUUGUAUCUACAUCUGCAGGGAACAGAGGGCCAGUGCUUGAAACUCUGCACAACGGAACACCGUGGGUAAUAACUGUGGCUGCUGGCACAUUAGACCGUGAAUUUCAUGGCGAUUUAACACUUGGUAAUGGAUCCAUAGUCACUGGCUUGUCUCUCUAUCCAGGGAACGUUUCUUCAGAAAAGGUUCCAAUGGUUUUCCUGAGCUCAUGUGAUAAUUUGAAGGAACUCAUCAAAGCUAGAAACAAGAUUGUGGUAUGCGAAGACAAGAAUCGAACACUCGGUACUCAAGUGGAUAACUUGGACAGUGUAAAAGUUGUUGGAGGUGUUUUCAUAUUGAAUAGUAAUGAUGAUGUAACAUAUUACAUUCAAACUAAGUUUCCAUCUAUUUUUUUGAAUCCAAUGAAUGGAGAACUAGUCAAGGAUUACAUCAAAUGCAACUAUAGUAAUCCAAAAGCAAGCAUGACAUUUAAGAAAACUGUUUUAGGUACAAAGCCAGCACCAAUUGUGGAUAGUUAUAGUUCUAGAGGACCAUCACAUAGUUGUCCAUUUGUGUUAAAACCAGACAUCACAGCACCAGGAACACUAAUCUUAGCUUCAUGGCCUCAAAAUGUUCCAGCAACAGAAUUGCAAUUCCAAAACAAUCUCUUCAGCAACUUCAACUUGUUAAGUGGAACAUCAAUGUCAUGUCCACAUAUUGCAGGUGUAGCAGCACUUUUAAAGGAAGCACACCCUUGUUGGAGCCCUGCAGCCAUUAGAUCAGCAAUUAUGACAACCUCGGAUAUAUUAGACAACACAAAAGAACUCAUCAAAGACAUUGGUAAUGAUUACAAACAAGCUUCACCUCUAGCAUUGGGAACUGGUCAUGUUAACCCCAAUAGAGCACUUGAUCCUGGACUUGUUUAUGAUGCAGGAAAACAAGACUAUGUGAAUCUUUUAUGUGCAUUAAAUUUCACUCAAAAGAACAUCAUGGCUAUCACAAGAUCCUUUUCUAACAAUUGCUCUAAACCUUCUCUAGACCUUAAUUACCCAUCUUUUAUUGCAUUUUUCAAUGAUGAUAGUGUUGAGACAAAGAUAGUAAUUACACAAGAAUUUGAAAGAGUAGUAACCAAUGUUGGGGAGGAAUCAACUAUCUAUGUAGCUAACAUUACACCAAUUGAAGGGUUCCACGUUAGUGUUAUCCCAAACAAGUUGGUGUUUAAGAAGAAAAAUGAAAAGGUGGCAUACAAGUUGAGAAUAGAAGGUCCCAAAAUGGAGAAAAAUAAAGUAGUUUUUGGGUAUCUUACUUGGACAGACUCAAAGCACGUUGUUAGGAGUCCCAUUGUUGUGACAAGUCUCAGCUCAGAACUAACACCCCCAUAAAGUGUUUCCGUUCAGGAUUAUCAACAGCACCACCAGAAUAACACAGUUACAUAUCUCCCACAUUAAUUUUAGAUCGGGCGGUUUAUAUUAUACUAAUAAUUUCACACAAUUAAAUGAUCUUGUCCGCUAAUUUAAAUUCAAAAGUUGUAAUAGAAAAAUUUGGUAGUAAUUACUUUUUAUA